AUGGCCGUCGUAUUUGGUUUAAAUCCAGUGCAGUCAGGGUUGCAUAUUCGGAUGCUAGUGACACCAGAUAUGGCGGUUACAUUGUUGAACUUGGGGCCCAGGUGGCCACAAAAGGUGUUUCGUCGACUGAUUUAGCAAAGGAAAGUUCCAUUAUAAUAUCAUAAUGCGUGAGAUUUUGGCCGUCAAAAACGUUUUGCAAUCUUUUGCGCCUAAGAUUGCAGUAUUAUGUGUCAAAUGGCACACGGACAACCAAAAUGUUGCGCGUAUUAUUGAGUCUGGUUUGCAAAGCGAAGCUAAGUGAUUUUUGACAUUUCCUUUCAUCAUGGCAUUUCUAUUGAGCCUGAAUGGGUGCCCAGAUCCAGAAAUGAGCAAGCAGAUUAUUUAAGCCGUAUUGUUGAUUUUGAUGACUGGUCUGUUAGUCCUCACAUUUUUCGCUUUUUAGACUUGAAAUGAGGGCUUCACUCUAUUGAUCGUUUUGCUGACUAGCAUAACCAUUUAUUACCUAGAUUUGAUUCAAGGUUUCGGAAUCCUUACUGUGAAGCUAUGGACACUUUUACCAGGUCGUGGGACUUCGGCAACAAUUGGGUUUGUCCACCAAUGCACCUUGUACCACGGACUCUGAAGCACAUGAGGUCUCGCUGCCCACAAGGUACUUUGAUCGUUCCGCUUUGGCGUUCUGCUCCAUUUUAGCCUUCACUUACAACGGACGGUUCUCAUCUGGCUCAUUUUGUUCAAGAUUGGGUGGACCUGCCCCCCUUGAAGACGACUUUUUGCAUGGGUCGCCACAGCUCUGGUGUUUUUGGCAGAGAGAAUCUCUAAUUUUAGGGUUUUGGCUGUUCGUAUUAAUUUCAGAUCUUUGCGAUUUUUUAUUACUGGUUUUUGCACUAGCGAUCAAGGUUGGUACCCUCGGUGUUCAUAUGCUUAGUUUGAUAAGUGUUUUAUUUUUUGGGACCUUUAUAACUUUCUAGUGAGUUUUUUUUCAGUGUGUGGAUGGCAUCGGGUAGUCUGAGGUCAGUGGGUGGCAUUCAGGUAGCCAGUGGGUGGCUUAUGCAGAUUCUUUUAGUAUUAUGUGUUUUAGCCAAUGGUGAUUUACACAGAUUCUAUUGGCGUUAUUUGUUCUUCGUUAUAGCCAGUGGUUGGCUUACGUCGAUUCUAUUGGCAUUAUUUGUUAUAGCCAGUGGGUGGCUUACGCAGAUCCUAUUGACAUUAUUUGCUCUAGCCAGUGGGUGGCUUGCGCAGUUUCAUUUAGUUUUUAUUAGUUUUACUUGUUCUGCCAAUGGGUGGCCUAUGUGUAGCCAGUGGAUGGUACACGCAGUUUCUUUUGUUCUAAUUUUUUCCGUUCUCGACAGCUCGGUUUGGGCAGCGCUUGGCUUGAAGCGAACUGCAUCCAGUGGUUGUAUGUGUUUUCUUGUUGGGUCAAACUGAGAUUUAGAGGAAAGUAGUAUUUUCCUGCGUUUGACUUGGUAAUUAGCAGGAAAAUAUGCUCUCAUCGGUAUGUUAUGUUGGUUUAGGCAUGUGCGCUGGUAUGUGGGUAAUUAGUGGGGGUAUAUAUUUGGGCGUAAUGGUUUUGUCUUUCAUCUCGGUCUUGCUGUUCCAGCGUUAAGGUCAUUUUUGUUUGUUUUUGACUUUUUAUUGUGUGUGUGUGUGUGUGCGUGUGUGUGUGUGUGUGUGUGUGUGUGUGUGUGUGUGUGUGUGUGUUCUUUCUGCUUUUAUUUUGAAGUUGUUUUCAGCUCUACUAUUUGGUCGGAUCUUCGGGCUGCGGUUCCCCAGGGGUCUGGUGUUUUACAAUCCCUUGCAAGUUCUCUUCCGGAUGUUGCGUUGGCUAGCAGAGCACCCAGUACUUCCUCCAAGUAUUUUUCUUCUUAGAACAGAUGGAGGUGUUAGGCACUAGAACAUGGCUUGACAGUUUUUCCUGCCUCUCCGUUUCACUUUGCUUUUUAUUUGCGUCAUUUAGUGACUGAGGCGAAAACAGCAUCUCCCCCGGAGUCAGCAGCUCAUAACAUUGCCUGGUUUCACCAGUUGGGUGGCAAGCCGUCUCCUUCUGUGAUCAUCCGUUGUUGAAUAGCAUUCUUGCCGGUGCGCAGCGUUUGCUGGCGCAUCAAACAACCAAGAAGGAGUUCAUCACAGUCUCUCAGUUAGAGCAGUUAGUUGCCUGCAAGGCGGACUCAAUGGCCUCUUUGUAUAAUAUUCGUUCGGUUGUUAUUUGCUCGCUAGCUUUUGCUGCCUUUCUCAGAUUUGAUGAGCUUUCUAAGCUUUUUCGAUCCGAUGUUAAGAUCGAAAAUGACAUGUUAAAGUUAUUUAUUCAAUCUAGUAAAACUGAUCAGUAUAUAAGGGAUGGAGCUUGGACUGUUGUAGCUUCUUCUGGGAAAGCAACUUGUCCAGUUGCUAUGGUGAACCGUUAUUUAGAAAGAGCUGGGCUUUCCUGCGAUAGCCCUUUGUUUUGCCAGCUUUCCAAAACUAAAUGUGGUUAUAAGCCUAGAUCUAAAGGUUUAAGCAAUUCACGCUUAAGACAAUUAGUGCUAGAGGCUUUUAAAGAUAUUGUACGUGAUAUUUAUUUCUGCCAUUGGUACGCAUAG